AUGGCGUUUCCUGGAAAUUUUCUUUCUGAUAUAUUCGAUAAUGAAUUCUUAAGUGUUUUGAAGAUAUCAUACCCGAAUGGUGUUAAUGUUGAAGGAAUUGAAUUAACACCAACUCAAGUGAGAGAUGAACCAAAUGUUGAAUGGGAAGGAAAUGAAAAUGAAUUCUAUACUUUAUUAAUGACAGAUCCUGAUGCUCCAGAACCAUUUCGCGAAGUCCGUCAUUGGUUAGUAGUCAACAUACCAGGAAGCAAUUUGAAACUUGGUGAUACAAAAAUCCAAUAUGUUGGUUCUGGGCCACCAAAAGGUUCAGGCACGCAUCGUUACAUUUUUCUUUUAUUCAAACAACUUGAUGGAAAACAAGAAUUUAAACUUCCAUUUGUAUCGAAUCGAUCAAGAAAUGGAAGAUUAUCAACCUGCACUCGACAACUGAUUUCAGACUAUAAUUUAAUGUUAAUUUCAAGCAGCUUUUAUAUCGCUCAAUAUGACGAUUAUGUUCCUGUUCUGCAUGCUCAGAUGGGUGGGCCACCACCCACAAUCAAGUGGGCAUAUAUCGGUUCUGGUGCACCGAAGGACACUGGUCUUCAUCGUUAUACUUUCCUCGUUUUCAAGCAAAAGAAUGGAAAGCAAGAAUUUGAUUUGCCAACUGUACCGAAUACAUCACGAGAAGGAAGAUUAUCAAGCAACACACGAAAGUUGAUCGCUGAUUAUAACUUGCAAUUGAUUGGAGGAACAUUUUAUCUUGCACAAUUUGAUGAUUACGUUCCAAUCUUACAUGCACAGUUGGGUGGUGCGCCUCCAAAGAAUUGA